AUGUCAUUCAAGCUAUCAUUUUGUCCUGAUAAACCUGUUACAACCACAUGCACUAGGAUUUAUGGUGCCUUUAAGUGUACCAUCAUCCUCAAGGCCUCAGUUUUAUGGGCCAAAGCGUCAAAGGAGUGGGUAAUGCAGCCCAAGCCUAAAGCUCCCACUACAUCAAAAUUGAACGUCGCCUCCCCUCGCCCUCCUCUCAUCGACAAACGGCGCCCCCGUCCCUCCCUCCCUCGACAAAUUGCAAACAUCCUCCUCCCUCGACGAUCGUCCCCCUCCCUCCCUCGACAAAUGAUGAACGACUUCCCUUGA